UUCAUUCUUCCCCCAGCUCGACUCUCACUUCUGACCUGACACCCUCAAAGCCGCCCUCUUGGGCCAGCUUCCGUCCUUCAGUCUUUUCAUUGUUGUCAUUUCCUCGGCCCUGCCCUUCGCGGCAAGCUGUCGCUCAUUGCGUAGUCACCGCCCUAGUCCCGCCCCUCGUAGCACGUCGUCGCACGAGGAGUGCGUAAUCGCCACGGUGCUUUACGGCUGUCGUGCUCCCUGUGUCUGCCAGCAUGGAGGUGGAGGAGUCGGAGAAGGCAGCCACGGAACCAGAUCCGCCAGAAGGGACGGAGCAGGAACCAGAGGAGGAAGAGGACCAGGAGGAAUCCACAGAUUCGGGCCGCAGCAAGAAGAAGCGGGUGGUGCCGGGAAUUGUAUACUUGGGCCACAUCCCGCCGCGCUUCCGUCCCUUGCACGUGCGCAACCUCUUGAGCGCCUACGGAGAGGUCGGACGCGUGUUCUUUCAGGCGGAAGAUCGGUUCGUGAGACGUAAGAAAAAGGCAGCAGCGGCGGCCACAGGAGGAAAAAAGCGGUCAAAGUACAGCAAAGACUACACCGAAGGCUGGGUAGAGUUUCGGGACAAGCGCAUAGCCAAGCGGGUGGCGGCCAGUCUGCACAACACGCCCAUGGGUGCCCGCAGGCGUAGCCCAUUCCGUUAUGAUUUGUGGAACCUCAAGUACCUGCACCGGUUCACCUGGUCCCACCUCAGUGAACACCUUGCCUUUGAGCGCCAAGUACGGAGGCAGCGCCUGAGAGCAGAGGUUGCCCAAGCCAAGCGGGAAACUGACUUCUAUCUUCGAAGUGUGGAGCGAGGACAGCGCUUCCUUGCUGCUGAUGGGGACCCUGCCCGACCGGAUGGCUCCUGGGCAUUUGCCCAGCGGCCCACUGAGCAGGAGCUGAGGGCCCGGAAGGCAGCGCGGCCAGGAGGGCGUGAGCGGGCUCGCUUGGCUGCAGUCCAGGACCAGGCACGCUCCAACCGAGGGCUCCUUGCCAAGAUCUUCGGAGCUGUGCCCCCCUCGGAGAACACAGAGGGACCUUCUCGGGUCAGGGACUCCUGAGGGAAUGGGAGACCCCUCCCGGCCCCCGGCUCUGCAUUUCUUGUUCUACCUCACACUAGGGAGACUGACCAUACAGGCAAACAUUUUGUUGUAUUUCCCUGGUGAGGACCCAGAAACGCAAGUGUUUCAGGCUUCCUUUCUCCUCCUUCCCAACUCCUGUACGUGUCUGGCUGAAAUGCCUAAUCCGUGUGGUAUGGUUAUGACUACUGUAGGUGUUGGUUUUCCCCUGCUUGACUUUUGGCUGGCUGUCUCACCGGGUUUCCCUAAAACUCCCACUUGCUGGUCCCAGAAAGGCCCUUUAUUUCUAAUCAGAGGAACGUCUUGUUAGGGAGUCAGGUUGUGUUUACCAUAGGUAAGGGGGCAGCAGCAUCUUUGUUUCUUAAUUGAAAGCAAGUAGAGCAGCUAAUAAAGUGGGACUGGGAUGGAAA